UAAAUGGUCGGGUUGGGUGACCGAAGCAGGAACUGAAUCUUGAAUACAUUUUCAUCUCGCAUUGGCAUAGUACCUAUUUCACUGGCAACUACAAAUAACCAUAGCAAGACGGAUUACGGGGAAUUGAAUUAAAACAUUUAACUCUAUGUUGUAUAGAGUCAAAUUUACAACUUUACCAAGACAGCCCUUGGAUACAAAUAAAUAUAGCUAACGUUAAUAGAAAUAAAUAAACAAACAGUUACAUUGGGAGAACUUAAAAGUGAGGAUGAUUUUUUCCAAUACAGCUAACCCCGUGAGGACGACAUAUCGUAAACAGCAGCCUGUUGCUCCGGCCCCGCACCCCAUGGCUCCGCCCAGCCCCAGCACCAACAGCAGCACCAACAACAGCAGCAGCAGCAGCAGCAGUGCAGGCUGGGAACAGCUCAGCAAGACCAACCUCUACAUCCGCGGGCUGCCCCCGGCAACCACCGACCACGACCUAGUGAAGCUCUGCCAGCCGUAUGGGAAAAUUGUAUCAACAAAAGCUAUCCUGGAUAAGACGACAAACAAAUGCAAAGGUUACGGCUUUGUGGACUUCGACAGCCCCGCCGCCGCCCAGAAGGCCGUGUCCGCUCUGAAGACCAGCGGGGUGCAGGCGCAAAUGGCCAAGCAACAGGAGCAGGACCCCACCAACCUGUACAUCUCCAACCUGCCGCUGUCCAUGGACGAGCAGGAGCUGGAGGGCAUGCUGAAGCCAUUCGGCCAGGUGGUCUCCACCCGCAUCCUCAGGGACGCCAGCGGGACCAGCCGGGGGGUGGGCUUCGCCAGGAUGGAGUCCACAGAGAAGUGCGAUGCCGUGAUCUCACACUUUAAUGGGAAGUUCAUUAAGACUCCUCCAGGAGUUCCGGCUCCCUUGGAGCCCCUGCUGUGUAAGUUUGCGGACGGCGGUCAGAAGAAGAGGCAGAGCCAGGGCAAAUACAUGCAGAACGGCCGCGCCUGGUCUCGGGACGGCGACGUGAGACUGGCUGGGAUGACGCUCACGUACGAUCCCACCACAGCUGCUAUGCAAAACGGAUUCUACCCCUCCCCGUACAGUAUUGCAAACAGGAUGAUCGCCCAAACCUCCAUGUCACCGUACAUCUCCCCCGUUUCCACGUAUCAGGUACAGAACCCCUCCUGGGUGACACACCAGCCAUACAUCAUGCAACACCCGGGAGCGGUGCUGUCGCCCUCUAUGGAUCACACCAUGUCACUGCAGCCCACCUCCAUGAUGAACCCCCUGACGCAGCAGAUGAGUCACCUCUCUCUGGGCAGCGCAGGAGCGUUCAUGCCUGCUAACACAGCUAUGCAAGGAGCCUACAUUCCCCAGUACGCCCACAUGCAGACUGCAGCUGUUCAGGGGGAGGAAGGAAGUGGGCAACAGCAGGUGGAAUCGUCAAACGAUCACUCUUCAUACGCCUAUCAACCAGCCAAGUAGCAGAGAGCUGAAGGUGCGUUACCCCAGGAGACAGAGCGGUGUAACAGCAGAAACAAUCAAGGCUUCCUCUGAUGGAUCGUGCUUUACAGAUUUAUCAACAUUUUGCACAGGUUCUACGGCCGUUUUCCUUUCGUUUAUAACUGAAGCUAUGUUGGUGUAAGUUCCAUAAGGUGCAAAUGAAAAGCUUAAUGUCAUCAAAAGAAAGAAAAAAAAAAAAUAUUUUAAUAAAGAACAUUUAUUUUUUACCAAGGAUUGUCACAUGGACACAGAAACUCUGAGCUUAGAGUAUUGUGUGGCAUGAAGCUUAAGGUGCAUGACCGUAAGAUGUCUUUUGUUAAUAUUUUUUAUGAUUUUAAUGCAUUUUUCCUUUUGUUUUGUACUGAAAUAGGUUUUUUUUCUGAAGAUUAUUAGCCAGACGUCUUGAAAAGGAUGUUUUGUGCUUGCUGUGUGAGUGUUGCUAUGGUGAAGUGUUACAGAUUUCCUCUUGUAAAGUGUUUUGUCUUUUGGUCUAGAUCGAGCUGUCUGUUUUAUCAUACAGUUUGCCUUAAAUUUGUUCUUAGCUGUAUAGGCAACUUCUGAGACUAGAUGGGCAAGAAAUGUUGAAAACUAAUGCCUUGUAAAUCAGCUAGAUAGGGCUUUUUUUUAGGAUUUAGCUAAUUAAAUUCGCUGUGUUUAGAUGU